AUCAUGUAAACUAUCUUUCACGGCAGCACAUCAGUUCUUUGGUAAUGGCUGUAGUGGUGUGUUUCUUGAUGGAAGUGCUGAGGAAGUCAGUUGACAAGUUUAAAGGUUAAAAAGUGUUGUAGAUGUGUGCGAAGGCUGUGACUUUGUCAUUAUGUCAGACAAAAACUCCACAAGAAUAAUGAAGUCCUCAUCUGAAGGUGAAAUACUUGACAGGGAAGAAACACAGUUAAUAAAUGAGACUGCCGAUUUUACUAGAGCGAACUCUUAUGCAGAGCCGAAGUUAAAACGCACCUUCACUCUUCCUAGGAAUCUUUUGUCGUCGAGAAUGAGUAAAAGAAGAGCUAAACAUAAAGAAGGUAAAGAUGUCAAUGCCUCAAAUGCGCAGACAAUUUCGGAAGUGCAAAAUACGGAUGCUCAAAAGUCAAAUAAAAAAGUGUUUAGAGUUCCUUCAUGGAAGAAGUUUAUAAACAAAGUGGUGCAUCAUAUGUCGACCGUAGGUGUUCCAAAUAAUAAAUAUGUGAGUGUUAAUUAUAAAUAUGACAGGCGUAGACGAGAUACUGUAUCGCUAUCGUCAUCUGAUAUUAGGGUACCACCGACCCGCCCCGCCCACCUUGCAAAUCUGGUAAACAGUGACAAGGUCCCCGGUGUAACAGGACUACGUAACCAUGGGAAUACGUGUUUUAUAAAUGCAGUUCUUCAGUGCCUCAGUCAUACCGAUAUUUUAGCUGAAUAUUUUGUUCUGGACCAAUACAAAGUUGACCUGUCCCGUAGGAAUAAGUUGAAUUCAAAAAAAUAUGGCACGAAAGGUGAAGUGACAGAACAGUUGGCCCUUCUCUUAAAAGCUAUUUGGUCGUGUCAGUAUGACCCCGAGAUCACCAACCAAUUCAAGAUAGUUGUCGACAAAUAUGGUAGUCAGUAUAGAGGUAACAAUCAACACGACGCCCAGGAAUUUCUUCUCUGGUUGCUCGAUAAAGUGCAUGAAGAUCUCAACACGGCGACGAAGAAGAAAUACAAGAUUAUUAAGAACUCAUUUGGUCGACCAGAUGAGGUGGUUGCUGCUGAAACAUUGGAAAACCACAUUCGCUGCAACAACAGUUUCGUGCAUGCUGUGUUCCAAGCUCAGUUUAGGUCAUCACUAACAUGCCCACGUUGUAAACGACAGAGCAACACGUUCGACCCCUUCCUCUGUGUGUCUGUGCCCGUACCGCAAAACCAGACAAGGCCCGUGUAUGUCACGGUGCUGUACACUUCGCAGCAGCCGAGACAGGUGAAAUUAGGUGUCUCUCUCCCGGCUCACGCAGAAGUACGAGAAUUGCGUGAGCUGUUGGCAUCCGAUACAUGCAUCUCUGAGAACCACAUGCUGCUCACAGAAAUAGACGAUUUUGGCUUCCAUCGCACAUUUUCAGACACUCAGCCAGUGUCGAUAAUUAAGGAGACUGACCCUGUAUACUGUCUGGAGCUGCCACAGCUGAAAGAAGCAACAGAGGACAGCGGCGCCUACAUCCUCCUGUGCUGGGUCAACUUGCUCGUUGUGGAUGAUCAAUGUGCGAGGUUUAGCAGUCCAUACACAAUGCAAGUUGGUCGUGAGACAUCUUACAAAGAUCUUCAGAAACUGAUCCUGAAAGAAAUGAACACAAUUCUUCAUGAUGAUGUUCUUGUCAAUUCACAGGAUAUUCCUCUGUUCCGCAUGCGCAUUGUUGAUGGGCUGGGAGGUUCACCUACAUUCCUGGAUCCUCUGCUCGACCACCCACUGUACAUGGAGGCUGUAGAUCAAGCACUUGCCCUGUGUGAGAAGGAAGCAGGGCCUCCUCAUCUGAAGCUGGUUUUAGAGUGGGAUCUCCAGGCCAAGGAUAGCACAAUUGCUGAUGACAGUGACCAAAUGGAAGAACUUGCCAGUGUAAAGCAGCUGAAGAUGAGUACAGAGCAGGGCGGAACUGUCAGCCUGGAGGAGUGCUUUGAGUUGUACACACGAGCAGAAGUGCUGAGUGCUGAAGAUGCCUGGCAUUGCCCAUACUGUAAUCGUAAGCAAGAGGUAGUCAAGAAGUUGGGUCUGUGGUCUCUGCCAGAUAUUCUUGUGAUACACCUAAAACGUUUCAGACAGCAAUCCAAGCAGAGGUCUACAACAAAACUGACAACGCUGGUCGAUUUCCCUCUAUAUGGGUUCGAUAUGAAUCCUCACCUGGCUGACCGACCAAACGGCCCUCCUCCUCAAAACCUGUGUUCACCGGGUGGUGGUGUCCUCGGCGGUCUCGGCUGGUCUCCAUGGAAACGGCCUCGUCGCACUCCUAACCGACCGGAUGACAAUGUGUACGACCUGUACGCAGUGUGCAACCACCAUGGCCAGGAUCCCCAGGGUGGCCAUUAUACAGCUUUCUGCCGGAACCCGUACGAUGCCCAGUGGUACUGUUUUGACGACACUCGCGUGGAGCCCGUCUCCGAGACGAGUAUAGUGACAUCUGCUGCCUACAUCCUGUUCUACCAGCGCCGGGGACUGAGCACGGGUUCCUACUCGGCCAGCUCGGCCGCAUCCACCAGCUCGUCGGGCUCUGGGCUUGACCAUUGGGUCUAUCGGAUGCCUGCUUUCAACCACUCCAUUAGCCGCUCUCAGGAAGACCUCUCCAACAAAGAAUCAGAAGAAAAUGCUGCGCCAAAUUUCACUCGUGGUGCUCGUAACUACUCGACGCUGCAACCGCAACCGACAAACAAGCGUUCAGUGGCCACGGAGACGGAAGCCGAGCAUUACUCUGAAGAGGAUGCGCCACUUGCCUCUCCCAGGAGUGACUGGCCGAAGGAAGAGCAGAAAUCAGCUGAGAACGAGGUGCCAGCAGAAGUGACACAGAUGGAGUGUGCUGAAGACCAGAGGCAGGAUGUCUCUUGUGAAGCUGGAAUCCCCCCACCCCCACCCCUGCCGAGCGCAGAUGUCCAGCCGCCUACAGUCGUCACGGAGUCGUGUGUGUGACAGGAGGAGGACUUCGUUUUUCCUCAUGUCACACUGCUGGCAUCGUUUCCCUGUUUCACAUUGAACAUCAGUUUCUAUAAGCAGAAGACACUUGUACAAUCUGCUUCGAGGCUGCUGUGAGGACUUUUAUGUGAGCCUGAAAUUGCUCUGUUAAACAGGGAAACAAACCAUUACACCUAAACCGUUACUCGUCAUCGGUUAUCGUGUUCUAGGCUUCUCAUUAUGCGGCAUAUUUGCUUUAAUGGCAGUUACCUCACUGAAUUCCAAAGUACAACUAUCAUGAAGUUCUAUUUUAGACGCCUCUCAAAAGUAAUACUGAAUGCAUAUCAUGAUGUAUUUUCAAGAGUAAUAUUCCUAUUGCACAGUUGUUUAUAUUUCAAGAUCUGUAUAUGAUGUAGUGCAGUUACAGACUUUUGUAAGUAUGAAAAGAUACAAAGUAAACAUUUAGUUUGGAAUACAGAGGAGAUUCUUUAACAAUGUUUCAAAUCAUUAUAGAGAUGCUACUUGAAUAUGGAUCAUAUUCCACAGUUUGUUUUGAUAUUUGUACUGCAGAGAAAAAGCUCUUCAGCUAAUACAUUAAGAUCAGAUUAAUUGUGGCUUUCUAACAUUUAUUCAUUUUUUUUAAAGCAUGUCAGCCAUUUGUAAAUUGAAGCAGAAAAUCAAGUUAGAGGCAACCACCAUGGUUGCUAAAAUGUUAGCAGUUGAGCUGGUGACUUACUUAAGGUGAUUUCUUGGUGCAGUUUAUGGAUGGCUGGUUUACAUGUUCUGAAAUUAGCAGUGUGUUUGGAGAUACUUGCACCAAUAUUGAUGCACUUCAUCCAUAAAAAAUUAGUUCAGACAAGAAUUAUUACUUUCAUUUUGUUAAAUUUUUAAUCAAAACAUACUGAUGGAAUGCUGAAGAUUUUUUGUACAAUGCAGACAAAUGUGACUUAGUCAAGUAACUGAAACCAUAACCACCUAUCAGAAACUGAUGCAACAGUUGUGUACUGAAAUUUUCAACUAUCUGUUAUUGUGAUUAAGUUAUCCUUGGGAGGGGAGGGGGGGGGGGGAGAGAGCAAGUGAGAGAAAGAGAAAGAUUAAAACUCAGAAACAUGGAUUGAAAAAAAUAGGAAGAUGAUGCAAGUGAUGGCAGCUAACCGAAGAUGUAUUGAAAUUAACCAAAUGCUGUUGCAUUUGUAUUUCUGUAAGGGAGUUUGUUUAUGGUGUCAGGUAUUUUGUAAUGAGGACAUUAAUGUAUCUUUCUUAGAAUUUUUUUGUGUUAAAGAUUUUUAUUUUUCCAAUAAGAGGCAUAUGUUUUGUUUUACAUACAUGUAGCAAGAAAUGUAAUUUAUUGUCGAUUACAAGUUUUGUCAAUGUCAAUAAACAGAAACUUUAUUUCCUGGUAUCGUAUACCUCGUAUUAUCAAAAAUUUCAGAAAUUUUCAUGGAAAGUGUAUUAAUAUUUCUCAGCAUUCAUAUAAAAUACUGAUAAUUUGUUUUACAUGUUUGAAAUACUUGGUGUGGUUUACAUAUUUAUAUUAUCAGUUGCACUUAAAUUGUCAUGGGUGAAAUUACACAUAUUUAAAAAGAACUCCUUGACUAAAGUAAUGUAGCUUAAGACAGGAAAUCAGCUCUCCCACAUUUAAAAAAAAAAAAAAAGAAAGAAAGAAAGAAAAAACCAACAACAUACUUUGGUCUACACAAACUCUGCACUCCCCCAUGCCACCUCCCAAGGAGGGUGAUACAAGCUUUGAAGAAAAGUAAUUAAUACCACCUCUCGUACCCCUCAGCCCCAUUCUUCUUAUCCUCCUGAUGCAUAUUCUUUUAUCUCCUACGUCUUGUGCUCAAGAUCUGCUAACUCAUUAUUUUCUUCCACUUGGUACUGUACUCCAGUUUCACAUCAGUAUAAGUAGUUCUGUUGUCCAACAAUUUUUCUGCAUUUAUGUUGAAACAAGUACACAUUCAUUUAUAAUUUAAAAUGACAUAUGAUCAUAAGACAUUUCACAGAAUUUAACUGUAAUGUCUAUUAAGUAAAACACAAUACAGUAUUACACAUGUGCAUCAGAAACACCAUUCUCCCCUACCUUUUCAUGGGGCUCUGAAUGUGACAGUUACUUUGUAAGUUCUACAUAGCCAAGCAAGAUAAUGAGUUCUUUUGUUUUGCAAAUGAAUAUCCCUUCCUUGUGAGAAAGAGAAGAAAAAAAAGGAAACAAAAUUUGUGGGAAUAGCAAAAAUGAAGAAUGAGUCACAAUUGAGAGAAAUAGAUGGGAAAGGAGAGACUCAUGACGGUAGGCUUAAAAUGUUUUUCAGUGGUCUUUUCGUUGGAUAAUUGUACAUUGGUGGCAAAUAAAUUAUGUAGCAAUUCCUGAACAAUAUCUUUUAACCUUUCAGUGUGUCACGUCCUUUAAUUCACAACUCUUGAAAAAUGAAAUUGAAUACUAGGAGAUUGACAUUUUCUGUCCCUGUUUUUAUGACAUUAAAUUUUUUGUACACACUUAUUGUUUUCCUUUGCUUGGUCAUGAAACUCAACAUUUUGUGCCAUUCAAACCUUUAAAGUGAACAGGUAGUAUGUUUGCAUCAGAGACAUAUUUAUUUCUCCCAAAUUUGUGUAGAGAAGUGUAUAAUUUAUUGUUGAUUCUGAAAUAGUGAACACCUCUUGCAACUGGAACCUGUAAUGAAAAUGUUUGUCGUCAUUAGUCAUUCUGGAAACACGGUACUGGCAAAUCUGUGCUCAUGAACUUAACGGUGUACAGUAGAGAGAUCUAAGCUGCCCUCUUUUCGUAUCCUAACAAUCUGGUAUGGUUCAUGUCAUCGACAAAACUCAUGUUUCACUUAGUGGAGCACAGUCGGCGAAAAUUUUCUAUAUUUUUUCUGUGUAUUAUUGUGUUGUGAUGAGAUGUUGGGCAUAGUUGGGCAAAUGAUGUAAAUAUUUGUAAAUAAAUGUAAAAAGACAUGUAAUUAAUUUGCUGAUGAUAUCAGUUAGGAAUUACUGAUUUAUUUCUUAGUGAGAGCUAUACAUUUUGCGUUCCAUGGUGAUUGCAUCCAAAGUAUUAUACAACUAGUAUCAGCUUGUGAUAUAUGUUAUUUGCCUCUCAGUUUUUGGUAUAAUUAGAUGAGACAUGCUCAUAUGCAUCACCUAGUUAAUUGAUGUAUCAGUCUCCCAUCACACUCUUGCAUACAAUUUUGGCACUUGAUGCUGCAAUCGUCUUACGACAUGUAACAUUCCAAGCCAGUUGCACUUAAAUGUAAAAUGUCAGAGAAAAAAAUUAUUUCUUUUAGAACACUACUUAUCCUUAUCAUCGCAUUGACUUGCACCAGAUAAUUUAACAUUCUGCUACUUCCAGCAGCAUGAUUACCACUGGCUGUUUGUUCCACAAUAAUAUUAGUCCUCAUAGUUCAUAGGCAUACUGCAAUAUCCCUUGUCUCUAUCUUUAAAGUUUUUUGUGGUCUGUGUCUACACCAUCUUUUAUUUCAUAUCUCAUCUGCUUACAAUGUGCACUAUUUAAAACACAUUAUAUGGUUUUGCUUUCUAAUUAACACAGUCCUUUCAUUUUUGCCCAAGCAUCUGUUUCCCCGAUCAUCAACCAGCUGUUUGAGACAUUGAUAUUAUUACGUUACUUUUUAGCUUACUAGUGAAGAGAAAUUUACAAUUUUGUAAACUGUUCAUUCAGUAAUUUGUACUUUUCUUUAUUUUUUGCAAUCAAAGUGGAAAUGUAAUGUGCAGGCUUUUAGCUGUUGUCUUCCUUUGCUCUUUUGCACCCUUAUGGCCCUAUCUUUCACUAUUAAUACCUCCUAUGUCAGCUGUUGGAAAUUUGCCAGAUGUCAGUGCUCUGCAGGAAAGUUUGAAUCUUCACUCGUAACCAUAAUGUGACUUUUGAUAGCAUGAAAACUGAAUAUUGCAUUGCUGAUAUAACUCUUUGUUGUAAUUAGCCCAUAUUUAUUUAAGUAUGAGGUACUUUGUUUUGAUAGUAAAGCUGUUCUAAGAAAGUAGUACACAGGUGUGUUUCUAGCACAGAUAUUACUGUUAAUCCUAGCCAGUGAGAGGCAACAACAGAACCAUCUCUGAUAACAAUUACUAAAUGAAACUGGCUGAUCAGGAGCUAUGGUAUUAUUUUAGUCUUGAUCUGUUCGAAACUUUCUGUAACAUUCUUGCAGUAGUGCAUAAAUACAGACAUUUGGUAUUUGAGACACAAUUUUUUCACCCUUUGCAUAGUACUGUUUUCUAUUCCUUUCCCAUUUUACUUUCUGGGUGUAUUAUAAUGCUGGCUGAUUAACAGCGUCUUCUGUAGACACAAAAUAAAGCUUUUGAGACUGUAGUUGUAUAAAUUGAUGAUUCUCUUAAUCAUUCGAAAAUGAUUUGCCUAUAUUUAUAUUUGUAAAACAAAUUUUCCAUGUAUUAUUGUACAUCAUAUUAGGUAUUUGGCAACUAUUUUACUAUAAAUUGCUGUGAACUGAAGAAUAAGACAUUAAACAUUUUACCGAGCAAAUGCAAUGAGAAAUAAAAUGCCGAUGGGUCAACUGGAAAGAACCAUGUCCAGCUGUCAUUUCUUUGGUUUUUUCACAAUUUUACUAAAUCACUACAAGAAAAUGUCAUAACUUCUAACACUAUGUCAAAACAGGCCUUGUAAGGAAUCUCUAAUCAGUGUGCUGUUGAUAGAGUUAGAAAACACAAUCACAGCAAACCUCACCAUUUUCCGAUGCAAAUCAUUGCUGUUACUUUUCAAAUACAUCAGUCUUUCAAACAGCGUUUCUUCUUGCCUAUGGUUCCAAAGUCUUGAACACUAUUUAGAAAAGAUCAUCCAAGGAAGGGAGAUUUCUCAUGUGUAUCAUUUUAGCAUCCUUUGUAAUUUAAGAAAUGCAUCUUAGCACCAGAAUCAUUCUAAUAUUUUGUUUUAAGUUGUGACAUAAGCAGUACAUUCUAUCACUGUGAAAGGUUUGUAACCAGUUGUGGAUUCUGUGUGAAAAAAUGAGCAGUUGUCAUAGGUAUACUUGUAACUACCUGUAUUUUUUAUUUCUAAAAAUAAAAUGUAAAUACCGUGUAAUUUUUUGUUAAAGAGGCACUUCUGGUUAUUAUUCUCUCAGAUGUUAAAAGAAAAGAGGAAAAAUAUUCUCUUUCUUGUCACCAUCACAGAUUAAACCUUUGCAUUGUAUGGAUCUUCUGAUUAUUUGUCACUAGACCUGAAUUGUUCUUCCUGGUGGUUUUCCCACGCACAUUGCAUCUAUGGCAUCAUGUACUUCUUUAGUGUGUUCCUGUGCUGUUUUAGUGAGCUACUGUGUAUUUACUUCACUUUACGCAAACCUAUUUCUCUGCAACAAAUUUAAUUGCUUCGUCCCCUCGUUUCCUUGUAAUACUGUGUAAUUGUUGAGGGUUCCUGAAGAUCACACUUUUCUGUGAAUCUAUGUUUGCACAUCAGUAAUUGGCAUUUACCACCCGUACCCUUCUUCCUGCAGUAGAAGUGUAACAGUGUGCUGGACAGUUCUCCCCCUUCCUGCGUUUUCAGAAUUUAUUCCCGAGCCAGUAAAGGCCCAAGCAACACAAGCUGCUGCUUGUGGGUUCAAGCUGAGAGGGCUGCCAGUGGCACCACAGCUUUUAAGAAUCUUACAGAGGACAUACUGCAGUUAGUAUUGAAAACUGACAUGGGUGAAAAUGUAGGAGGGAAAAGGGGCACCAAAUAGUAAGUUGCUUGUGUGGAAAAAUGUUUUUGAACCGGUCCUAUUCAUUCUAUUACCGAAACUGCAAACACUCAUUGCUGGCAGCUUAAUACAACUGCACAAUUUUAAUACGUCAAGCCAGCAUUGCUUACAAUCUAUCAUUUUUUAAAUUUAUAUUGGGUUCUGUUUUAAGUUUUCAUUGUUUGCAAAGUGGCUGUCCCUUCACAGAUGGCAAAGCACAUUCAACACUGUCAGUUGAACAGAAGAGGACAAUUGAACACUAUAAAUUAGAAAGGGUCUAAGUGCAAAAAAUAAAGACCCGAUAAAGGUCGAUAAACAUAUUUUAUUUCAAUAGAAGAUUAGUCAACAGAAAAUGGAAUAUAUUUUGUGACGGACAUUAUGUAUGAAUGCGUUACGAAAGAAAAUAAUCAAGUAAAUUCACUGUACCAAUAGAAAAAUCUAUUUGGAAAAAAUAUAUUUGAAAAGGUGUAUAUGUACCAUUUUGACCAACACAGACAAAGGCCUUAUCUCCAAACACCCUUGAAAUCAUUGUCCAUAUUUACAGCAAGAUAAGGAUGUUUCGCGCUACUAGAUGUUAUUAAUGUUUCUGGAUCGUGUGGUGCAGACAUCUUAAUGACACGCUUCCUCUUCUCAAUUAUAGCAAAGUCAUGGUUGCAAGACACACACACAAAAGACUGUUAUCAGCAGACUUAUGACUGAUUUUAUUCAAGCAACCUUUUGCAGAAGAGUAAUAACCAUCAUUUUAAUUUGUUUUGUACAAUACAAUUAUCAGUCCAAAUUGCCAGCUUUCUCUUGUUGGAGGUAAGAAGGGAAAUAGCUUUCAAAGACACAUGUAUGCAUUUUCAGUGUCACAAAGAUGAACGCACCAUGUUCAGUAUCACAAUCAUGAAUACAAAUAUUGAGACAGGACAGUUGACAGUAGCAGAGCAUCUCAGAAUGUGUCAAUAAAGGGAUAUAAAAUAUCUUCUGUAAAUUGGCUGUGAUCACAUGUGUACCAGUACUAGGUGUCUGUAACAAAAUUCUAUCUUCAUGUAAUCCAGACAUUCCCUUUUCUGGUGACAGUCAAGAGCUGCUUUGUGUUGGGUGUAGCUUUGGUCACACUUAAAAUUUGGCAUGCAGUAAGUCACAAGUACUAAAAGUAUCCAAUCUGAUCUGUCCAAAUGUCGAAUUAGAAAAAUUCUUGAAUGUGUGAGCAUAUUAUUGUACUUUUCAUACCUGAGUAUUAGACAGUAAAAAUUUAAAUAGCCUCGAGUCGUUCAAAUCUGGACUUAAUCACUGAUUGCUCUCUAUUUUAAUGAUUUUCUUUAACAGGAAAAGAUCUGAUGUGCUCACAUAUUUGCUUCCUCACUUCCUGUGAAUACAUUCUUGGUGCACUGUGUUGUCCCCUGUUAUCAACAUAAACUUACGUUUGUGAGGCAGUAAAAAAAAAAAAUAUUACGAUGGACUUGUACAUGACUACCGUUACCAUCUGGACAACACCUAGCUGCAUAUGACCAAGAAGAAAUGUUUUUUGUUCCUCCAAUGUGCAUUUGUAAAAAUCCAAAAACAAUUGUUGGUUAAAUUCAGCUGACAAAGCAUGACAUUCUUCGUUACACUUUUAGUAGUAGUAGUAGUAGUAGUAUUGUUGUUGUUGUUAUCUGAUUGCAAGAUUGAAAAUACAGAUGUAGGUUAUGGUAAGAGUAUAAAUAUAACUUUCACUUACAUGAGCUUUUGAAGGCUGUUUUGCUGACCGAUCUUUCUGUCUGCAGUUUCUGUAGGUUUGUCCACUGUUCCGUAGUCUCUUCCUUUCCCUGGAAACACUUUCAGUGCAUCUCUUUCUCCUUUUUAGGAAGUUAACAUCACCACUAGAAGACAUUUUGUACUACAUGCAGUAAACACAGUGCUACCAGUUGGUGAGAACAAGCAGGGAUUGGAACAUUACUUGCUAACGUACCACUGGAGAUACAGCACCUGCCAUAUUAUGAGGACAUUAAAAACUAUACAAAAAACAUUGAAGCCAUAAACCCUUUAUAAAAGUAUUGUGCAUGAAACAUUGAUCUUUUUAAACCAUCCAACUUUCAUUUGCUUGCUUUGACACAUAGACCCUUUCUAUUCAAUUGUCAAUUGUUGAAAUUGAUUCCAAACCAAAGAAAACUGUACCAUUAAGUGUAAUGACAUUUUUGUUAAGUGGAUUACAAUGUAAAUUGCAAAUAUAGCAGUUUUUUUAAAUAUUGAUUCUUCUGUACUUACAUACAUCUUUAAUUUUUUAUAUGCAGUUAUGUAAGGCUGUAUUUUCAAAACAGUUGUCAGUUUAAGUGUAACUCCAUCAAGAAUAAUGUCAUAUGUCAUUAGCAGAUCUACUUAGCCAUCUGGAAACUAAUUUGUUAAACUAACCAGUGGCAUAACUUCCUGCCAGAUCUUUGUCUCCACUUAGGACCAUUACUUUCACAAAGCAAUUUCAUGUUCAUAUUGUACAGUGUUGUAUAGAAAGAUAUUAAAAGAUAAGUGUGUAAUUUCCAGAAAACAUCAACAUGAAUAUGCUUGCUUACAGAGGAAGAUGUGUACAUUGAAAACUAAAUGUGUGUAAUUUCAUCAGAAAUACCAUUCACUGAAACAUUUAAUCAAAAGAACAUUUUAAUGGCGAAGGAAACUCUUUACAACAUUACAGUUAGCGACUAAUGUGACUUGACUGUUUGAAAGAGUUAAACAGACUAAAUGUAGACUCAUAGGUUCUAUUUAUUUUUGCAUAUGUGAUAGAAAAAUUUAUCUGUUGUUGCUGCAGCUGCUGUGCUGCUACUUUGAUUAAAACUGAUGUCAUGAAUGGUACCCAUUACUUGGUCUAUAUUUGUGUAUACUGUUUCUCCCUAGAGGCUCAACAUGUACAGGGAAUUAAUGUUAGAUCCGUAGAAAUAGGAAAAUUAUUAAUGAUGUGUAAGAAAGUGGGAAAAGCAGCUGAAGUGCCACCUUAAUAAUUAUUAUUAAAAAGACACUUGCGAGAGUAUCUUUGCUUCUGACUGUAUGGAGUGGUUAUCUAUGUCAAAAAUUUAAAAUUGGUGUGUAAUGUAAGAUAAACUGUGAUUAUGAACAUGAGAAAAAUGUAACUUGGACUAUAAAAGUGUGUUCAUUUGCACUAUUACCAAACAUGAAAUGUGCCUUGUGAGUCCUAAUAAAUAGUUAUCAGUUCAUGA